AUGUCCAUUCACUAUUCUCCUAAGGCUAAGGCUCAAGCUGCCAAGAAGGCUGCCCUCAAGGGUGUCCAUGGUAAGGCUGUUCGUAAAGUCCGUACCUCCACCCACUUCCACAUCCCCAAGACCCUCAAGUUGAACAGAGCUCCCAAGUAUGCUCGUAAGUCCAUCAACCACGCUCCUCGUAUGGAUCAAUAUCGUGUCAUUCGUCAACCUCUCAACACUGAAACUGCCAUGAAGAAGAUUGAAGAACACAACACUUUGACUUUCAUUGUUGACGUCAAGGCCAACAAGAACCAAAUCAAGGAUGCUGUUAAGCGUCUUUAUGAUGUGGAAGCCGCCAAGAUCAACACUUUGAUCAGACCUGAUGGUUAUAAGAAGGCUUUCGUUCGUUUGACUGCUGAUGUUGAUGCUCUUGAUGUUGCCAACAAGAUUGGUUUCAUCUAA